AUGCAUGCCACAUGUUUCGCGACAACCUUCUACCUGACCAUCUACACAGCCUACUUCAAUGUCACUUGGAUGCGCACCCUUCGCUCUGUGUUACCUUACAGUGGAUACCUGGGCACCGAGUCAGCCAUCUCUAACAUUCCCAUUAACAUCAAGCCGCGGUCAUGGACGGACUGGCUCACUCCACCACCCCAUGCAACUAACAUUCCCCUGCCGAUGCUUAUCCAGCACGUCAGAGACGUGUUGGCUGGCUCCGAUGCCACUCAUCAUGCCGGCGUUCCCAUACUGCCCCUCACGCUUGUGCCACUGCAUCCGCCUCCUUCGUCAUUUUCCACAGCUGGCUCCGCUGCCACUCAUCAUGCCGGCGUUCCCAUACUGCCCCUCGCACUCGUGCCACUGCUCGUGCCUCCUUCGUCAUCUCCCACAGCUGGCUGUGAUUCCACUCAUGAUACCAGCGUUCCCAUACUGCCCCUCACGCUUGUGCCACUGCUCGCGCCUCCUUCGUCUUCCUCAGCUGGCUAUGAUGCCACUCAUCAUGCCGGCGUUCCCACACUGCCCCUCGCACUCGUGCCACUGCUCGUGCCUCCUUCGUCAUCUCCCACAGCUGGCUGUGAUUCCACUCAUGAUACCAGCGUUCCCAUACUGCCCCUCACGCUUGUGCCACUGCUCGCGCCUCCUUCGUCUUCCUCAGCUGGCUCUGAUGCCACUCAUCAUGCCUGCGUUCCCAUACUGCCCAGACUUCGCAGCAGCAGCCCAGCUCCAUUUUUUUCUGUUAAUGUCAGAAUAUCGGCUAUCCCCGUGCGCUCUCUGAUCCAUGCCGCUCUCUUCCUGUCUCUAAAUGUUACGCCUUGGAGUUACUCCUAG